UAGAGCCUUAACUUGAAACAAAAUACAGUUUAUCGUAUCGAAAAAACUCAUAAUAAUAAUAUCUUAUAUAUUACUUAGAACUACACGAACAUUGCUUCAAAGCGUAACACGAUUCGCAUGUUUCGUUGGAAUCGUAUCGACGAAACGUCAAAAAUAAUGAAAUUACAUUGUGAAACCACUUGAAUCAAUCGUUAAACGCCGCAGAAAAAUUCCAGUAAAAUAUCCAGCAAUACACGAUGCGCGUGUACGAUCAACGAUGCUAGUAGUCGAAGAGUAUUUCAUCGGGCGAUGAUUUAAGGAACGAUUAUAUACAAAAUAAUUGAAUGAAAAUAUGUUCGUCGGGUGUGCGAAAUAAAAGAUUCGAGGUCAAUUUGAUCGUGAAAGAUGUCUUGCGCGAAGGAUUUCUCUUGCAUCGGAGGUCUGGAGAAGCAGAUUCGUGUUGUAAAGGAAACGGUUCUAUUUCCGCUCAUGUACGGUGACAUUUACGCGAAGUUCAACCUGAAACCACCGAGGGGUUUGCUUUUUUACGGGCCUCCCGGAACAGGAAAAACACUGGUCGCCAGCGCCUUAGCCGCAGAGUGUAGUAAUUCGGAACGAAAGGUUUCCUUUAUAUCUCGUAAGGGUUCCGAUUGCCUUAGCAAAUGGGUCGGCGAAAGCGAGAAAAAGCUCCAGAAGAUUUUUUCACUGGCUCAACAAUCGAAGCCUUGCAUAAUCUUCUUUGACGAAGUUGACGGUUUAGCUCCAGUCAGAUCUAGCCGCCAAGACUUUGUGCACGCCAGCAUUGUUUCCACUCUCUUGGCCUUGAUGGACGGCUUAGAGAACAAUUCAGAGAUCAUAGUAAUUGGAGCAACGAACAGAAUCGAUGCCAUAGAUCCAGCUUUAAGAAGACCUGGCCGAUUCGACAGAGAGCUAUACUUCCCGUUGCCAUGUUAUACGUCGAGGAAAGAAAUACUCUCAGUUUAUAUAAAAAGUUGGAAGCAAAAACCACCGCAAAAAUUUUUAGCGUAUCUGGCAUCGAAAACGGUCGGAUUUUGUGGAAGUGACUUGCAAGCUCUUUGCGCCGAAGCGGUAAUGUGCUGUGUUCGGAGACUCUAUCCGGAAAUAUACACUUCCACUGCGAAGUAUCAGAUUAAUGAACGUCAUCUUAAAGUUGAGAAACAAGAUUUUCUAAGGGCACAACAGAACAUCUUGCCAGCAUCGCAUCGUGUUACAAUCGCACCCGUGAAAUCUUUGUCGUAUAAAAUCCAGCCAUUACUUCAAGAAAAUUUGUCAUGCAUUCUGUCACAACUCGAAACUCUUUGUCCAACGGGAAUGUUAAUUUGCAAUGAUAUCACUGGUAGAGCUGUAUCGAGGUCAAACAGCUGUCCGAGGAUUUUAUUGUGCGGUGAUGACUCUCACACUCGUCAUCUGGGACCAGCAUUACUCCAUACCUUGGAACAUUUACCUUGUCAUGUGUUAGACGUCACAACUUUGUUCGAGGAAACAGGAAGGGCUGCGGAGGAAGCUCUCAUUCAAAAAAUGAAAAUGGCUCGAAGAAGUUUACCAUCGUUGCUCUACAUUCCUGACAUCUUAGCCUGGUGGGAUCUAGUGGAUGAAGCGGCACGCGUCGUUUUUACUUCUUUGAUGCAUGGCUUAGAUCGAUCGGUGCAUAUCUUAAUCUUGAUUACGGCCAAUUGCUCACAAGCAGAUUUACCAGCAGAUAUUGUAUCUUUAUUCGAUGAACAUCAAAGCGAAAUAUUCGAAGUCAUGCCCCCCGGAAAACAACAGCGAGAAUCUUUUUUCAAGCAAUUAUUCGUUCACUCGACGUGUGACCUCGAAUCUAAUCGUUCUUCACAAGCGGAAUUCGAACAAGUUAUGAAUCCAAAAAAGAUAAAAGAAGCAGGUAGGAAGCGAAAGCAGGCAGGACGUGCUGAUUUCGCAGAAAAUCUUUCGACGCAAGAGAUGCCAUCCUCACGGAGAAGUAAACUCAGAGUCCGCAACAAAAUAUGCGCCGUGCGAUCAGCUCACGUGAUGACCGAUUCUAAAUCAAAAAUUAACAUUAAAAGAAAAAACAGCGCAUCAGGCGAAGGACCACCGUCAAAACGUACAAGAAAUUCUCCGUCCCAUCUAUCCGCUUCGAGCAACGAGAAACUGACCGAGUUUGAAAUAGAGGAACUGCUUCGAACGAUCGUCGGGGCGACGGAAACGUGGCCGUGCCACGAGCUCGAAAGUCUGUUCGCUUCCCUCGAAUUAACUCUAGAAAAGAACGAGGAAGAUUUAUGCUCUGCAAUUGAAUGCCUCGAACGGUUUAAAGAAUUCAGAAGGCUAAAAGUAUACGUGAAGAAGGAACAAGAAGAUUGAGUUAUCGUUUUUUAAUUUAUUGAACUAUAUCGCAUAUGUAUAAUAUCAUAGGUACAAGCAAUGUAUCCUUUCACUGACUGAUGUGUAACUUUCAGUCGUUCGCCACUGUAAACUGUACGUCUAACGACCAUCUGUUCAAACCUGGACAUAUGUCAUCAAAGAGAGUUGACAGACGCAUGAUGUUGCGAAUCAGUUGUGUAUUUUGUUAAUAAUAUGUGAUAGUUGAUCAUUAUCAUCGUUCGUGGUCGUAUGUGUACAUGUUACGUAAUGUGCUACAUGUAUCUA